UUCUUCCCAAGCGGCCAUGCCUUUGCCACUGGUUCAGAUGAUGCUACCUGUCGACUCUUUGAUCUUCGUGCAGACCAGGAGCUCAUGUUAUAUUCUCACGAUAACAUCAUCUGUGGGAUCACCUCUGUAGCUUUCUCAAAGAGCGGACGUCUCUUUUUGGCAGGCUACGACGAUUUCAACUGCAAUGUUUGGGAUACCCUGAAGGGCGAACGUGCAGGUGUUCUUGCUGGUCACGACAACCGAGUCAGCUGCCUAGGGGUGACUGACGACGGCAUGGCAGUAGCUACAGGAUCUUGGGACAGCUUUCUCAGAAUCUGGAAUUAACGUGGCGUUUGACACCUCCACCAAUAGACACACGCACACCUUCUCCACUGAGAUCUGGAGACAGCAAUGCUGCAGCCUCUCGCUGUGAAAUAACAUUUCUACUUUGUAUUUACAGGUGAAGUUUUUCUACUUGCUGAUUAUUGCAUAAGUAGGCUUUCUGUAAAUGAAGUUUAAACACACAAAAAGAAUGAAGAAGUGGUAGGUGGGAGAAAUCAGUGACUUUUUCUUUCAAGGAAAAAAAGAGAGAGGGCAGGACAUCUGUUUGUGGUGAGCAAAGCUA